UCUCUCGGGAUAUAGCUCAGUAUGAGACAGUUAGCAGUACCAAUCAAGUUAUUAAGUGACUCUAACCAGUGCCACUUUUCUCUGUUAUCUUUGAAAAAUCUUUGCUUUUUUAGCAUUUCAGAAGAUUGUAACAUCCUGCAGUUCUGUUUCUGAGAGGUUUACUGAUUUAUCUUCCUACUCAAACAAAACAAGUACUGAUUGCCACAUUUCUGAAGAAGAUCUCCGGAUCUGGACUACUGUGGAAGAACUCUCAGUGAGGUCAUCCGUAACUUGAGAGAUGGUGAAUGAAUACCAGAAAAUUGUUCUUCUGAAAGGAUUAGAGCCCAUCAGUGCAUAUCAUUUUAGCAUGGUUAAAUCUCUAUUGGCCCAUGGUUUACAACUGACUGCCAAACCUCAAGAUGAAUAUAGUAAAAUUGAGAUUGCUAAGUUAAUGGCAGAAAAGUAUCGAGGAGCCACCUGUGUUGACAAACUAAUAGACUUGUACAAAGAUAUACCAGAACUUAAAAGCCUUGUUAAAAAUCUGAGAAGUGAAAAGUUAAAAGUCGCAGUGAAAAAGAGGAAAAAAGGAGCAACUCAAUUGAAAAAGAGAGAUCAAAGAGAAGCAGGUCCUGCUGCACCUGCACCCACCACAAGUAGUAAUGUGACAUCUGAAAGAGCAGAGAAGACUCCUGUGGCUCAGAAAAGAAGAAACACAACCAAAGAAAACACUGGAACUAAAAAGAAAAAGGUGACCCAGGAGCACAUUCAGCCUGUCUAUCCUUCAGUAGCCAGCACAUCUGCGAUCAUGGGCAAUCCUCCACCUCCUCAGAUCUCAUCAUUCGCUCCAUCCUCCACUUUCUUGGCUGAGAACCAGAUAAUGCAAGUCCAACACCAGAGAGCUGCCGGAAGAGGUUUUCUUCAAAAGGGCCCAAUGAUAGUGAUGGUACUGAAAGCAACAAAGCCAUUCGAAUAUGAGUCCCCAGAAACGGGGAAAAAGAAAAUGUUUCAUGCUACUGUGGCUACUACAAGUCAAUAUUUCCAAGUGAAGGUUUUAAACAUCAACCUCAAAGAGAAAUUUACGAAAAAGAAAAUCAUUACUAUAUCAGAUUACUUUGAAUGUAAAGGAAUCCUGGAGGUAAAUGAAGCAUCAUCUGUAUCUGAAGCUGGUAUUGAUCAAAAGAUUGAGGUCCCUACCAGAAUUAUCAAAGGAGCAAAUCAAACUCCCAAGAUUGAUAAUCUUCACAAACAAGCAUCGGGAACAUUUGUUUAUGGGUUGUUUGUGUUACAUCAGAAAAAAGUGAAUAACAAGAACACGAUCUAUGAAAUAGAGGAUAAAACAGGAAAGAUGGAUGUAGUGGGGAAUGGAAAAUGGCACAAUAUCAAGUGUGAGGAAGGAGAUAAACUUCGACUCUUCUGCUUUCAAUUGAGAACACUUGACAAGAGGCUGAAACUGACAUGUGGAAAUCACAGUUUCAUUCAGGUCAUCAAGGCUAAGAAAGGCAACAAAGAACCAUCUGAAGUGAAGAACCCUCCUCCAAAUCAAUUGGGUGGCUUUAAUUGUGAUAUUAAAGUUGAGACAUUCUUUGAAAAGAAUAUUAAAUCCAUUCCAGCAAAAGGAACAACUCCAGUGAAAAAGAGAAAGCAGGAAGCAGUGGGUCUUGCUACACUUACACCCACCACAAGUGGUACUCUGACAUCUGAAGGAGCAGAGGAGACUCCUGUGGCUCGGAAAAGGAAUGAUACAACUACCAAAACUGAUGACACCAUGAGAAUGCAGUUAUCCCACGAACACAGUCAGCUUUCAGAACCUUUGGGGACCAGCACGUACCCAACUGAGUGUUGUCCCCAGACUCCUCAGAUGCCUCCACCAAUCCCAUCUAGCAUUUCCUUAACAAAAAAACCAAGAUUGAAGGCUGUACCUAAAGAAGCUUCCAGGGAAGAAGGUUUCCAGAGGGGCCCCAAAGAAGUGAUGGUACUGAAAGCAACAGAGCCAUUUGCAUAUGCUGUCAGCAAAGGGGAGAGAAAGAUGUUUCAUGCCACAGUAGCUACUGAGAGCCAAUUCUUCCAAGGGAAGGUUUUUGAUAUCAGCCUAAAGGAGAAGUUCAUUCCAAAGAAAGUCAUUGCCAUAUCGGAUUAUGUUGGAUGCAAUGGGUACCUGGAGGUGUACAAUGCCUUAUCUGUGUCUGAUGUUAAUGCUGACCAAAAGAUGGAGGUCUCAAAAAGUCUGAUUGCAAAUGCAAAUGCAACUCCUAAAAUCAGUCAUCUGUACUUGCAAGCUCCAGGAACAUUUGUGAAUGGGAUGUAUGAGGUGCAUAAGAAAACGGUUAGGAAUCAAUUCAUUUAUUAUGAAAUAAAAGAUAAUACAGGGAAGAUAGAAGUUAGGAUGUAUGGACGACUGACCCAAAUCAACUGUGAAGAAGGCAAUAAACUUAAACUAAUCUGCUUUGAAUUGGCAUUAAGUGAGAAUAAGUGGCAGCUGAGAUCUGUAAUUCACAGUUUCAUCAAGGUCAUCAAGGCCAGGAAAAGCAAGAUACCACCACUUAGUCCUGAUUCAUAUAUGAAAACCUCACUAGAGUUCCUCUAAAAAUCUGGAUUCCAUUAAUAACGAUGUUUAUGGAGAUAAGAUCUAAACACAGAAAAAAUAAUACAUAUGGCUGAAAUACAGCAAUAUAUAUACUUGCUAUUAAUUCUUGGAAAUAGGAUGUUAUAGGUGCUUUUCACUUUUAAUAUUUUUCUGUACCAUCUCAAUGCCAUAUUUUACAUCUGUAACUUUUCUAACUUGGAAAAAAAAUUAUAAACAUCAUGGUUAUUUCUAAAGGAGUGUUUCCUCAAACGUCUAAUUCAUAGGUGAAUUGAUUAAAAGUAAAUGGUCUGUGGCCUGCUCGUCAAGGUGGGGCACACAUGCUCCAAGCAAUAUUUGGAUUUAUACUUUGGGUGUGAUCUUUACAGGAUAAGGCUCUGAUCAAGAAUGGACAGGUUGAACAGAUUAAGCUCCGCUCAAAGAAACCCAGUAAGUUGGCAGACGAGCUGAAAUCUAGUCUGUGCUUCAAUUGCCAAGCCCUCUGUCCUAGGAGGGGUUGCUUUAGCCCAGAACAGUGAACAUCUUUUCAGAAGUGGUCUCCUGGAGGAGGCAUAAUUGGAUAUUUUGUCUGCCAAAUGAGGCAGCUUCUGGUGAUUUGCAUGAAGACACUACUAUAUAUUGGAAGCAAUUCUAGCUCGUUUUGUUGUGAAAUAACCAGUUCCAUUCCUUACUCAAGUACCAACAGCUCAGUGGCUCUCCAACCGCAUUUCCUGGUUCUCAUAUUUCAUGUGUGUGGAUUCCAUCGGGAAGUUGCCUGGGGCAAAGACCCGCAUUAGGCAAAGACUGAAGAAUCAGUAAUUCACUUUUGAGUACAAUGGCAGAGAGUAGAUAUCUAAAACUGAAAUUUAUAUGUUUAAUAAUCACAUAUUUGAUACCUGCCAUUUUA